CUGACAAACUCGGAGCCUCAAAAUAGUACCAUGGGUGUUUUAUUUUCAAAAACAGAGACCUUACAGUUUUUAUUUGCAGUGCUAUAGAAGAGAGAUAGUUUGAACUACUAGCUGUGUACUAAUUACAACAACGUUAUGUACAAUUCAUAUCUUAGAGGGCAAAUCAUUUGAUUCAAGGUACAGCUGUUAUGUAACUCAUAGAAAAACUCUUGUAUUUCGAGAAUAUUUAUUCAUCAACUGUGACUAAUUGCAAUGAAGCACUUUGGCUGCUUGUUUUUAUUUGAGUUGCCACUCCUGGAGGGAGACAUUCAGACAUGUAUGCAGCUUUAUGAUAUGCUAAACUUGUCCUCUGUUUUAACUGCCUGGAAGUACCCCUUGGAUGAGAAUCAUUAAGUGCAUGAUCAUGUAUGGUUGAGAAUAUAUACAUUUGUGUGUUGGGGUUGUAUGUUUAAUCUUCCAGGAGUCUUAUAACAUCAUGAUCCCAUUUGAUGACCACCCACAUUUCAAGAUUGAACUGCCAGACCUCAUACUAAGCAACAGGUGUUACAUUUCCUACUAAAGCAAAUAUAAGAAGAUGUCAACAUCACAGUACACCCACCUUCUGUCUAUUCUAAAACUGGAAGCAAUGUGGAACUUCGAUACAGGAGAUGGCAAGCAAAGUACACUUAUAUUGAUGAAGGUUCAGUUAUCUGAUGCUGGAGACAACUACUAUUGCUUGGCUGAAAGUAACAAUGACAGUGUUAGUGUGAAGUCACAGAAUGUAACAGUUGGAGUUUUGGCAAAUGUAUCAUUUUCGAGUGAGUCAUUUUCGGUCGGGUCUACAGAAGCUGAAUUAGAGUGCAUUGUUGCUGGAUAUCCUAAACCUAUAGCUCAGUUUAUGGUUGACGGCACAUCACUGUCUCCAUCGAGUGACAUGUUAUCAGAUAGAUUUUAUUGGACAUUUGUGUACAAGUUUUCUGACUUUGGAGUAGCACAUGGGGGUUUAUAUGUUUGUAAUGUCAGCUUUGAGAAGGGAAACAUCUCUUUGUCAGACUCAGCCGAAAUAAGAGUACUUCCCAAGAUUGUUGACAGCCCAACCAAUAGGUCCCUUACCAGUCCCACGGAUCUUUCGUUUUCAUGUCGUGCUAUUGGUUAUCCUCUUCCCGAUGUGACAUGGACAAGGUCACUUGGAGACAUAAAUGAGACUAUGAUGGCUGUAAAUACAAGAAAUGAAUCACUGAGGUCAGUGACAAGUAAGCUUUAUUUGCCUAAAGCCAACAUUAGCAAUGCUGGAAAGUACACCUGCACUGCCAACGAUGAGGUACAUGAGGGCAUUGAGGCAUCAUCAGGAUUUCUUUUUGUGGCUGCAAAGAUACUGGCACACUCACAAAGUGUGCUGUACAACAGAGAUUCGAGAAUUAACCUAACAUGCAGUGCUGAAGGAUAUCCAUAUCCUGACAUUGACUGGGUCUUUCGUAACGAGACAUUUCUAGGACAAACAAUUGCACAAUCAGCAACAGAAAGGAACUCUGUUUUGGUAGUGAGUGAGAAGGCUAAUCCUAUUGAUCAUGGUGGGAUGUACACUUGCAGAGCAGUUAAUGAUCAUGGGUCUGCUGUUGAAGAAUCAGUCACAGUCAGCUUUGAGCAAGAAGUUGUAUCUCCACCUAAAUCAAUUGCAGUCAGUUAUGGUGACAGACUGAAUUUGUCAUGUGAAAUCACAGGCUAUCCUGUGAAUGCAUCUGUUCAAUGGUUUAAAGAUGGUCAUAUUUUGAAGAGCCGUUUGUCUGAGGAUCGAAUGAAUUUAAAUGGAACAUCAGUGAUGAGCAGACUUGUAAUAACUGAUGUUACACAAGAACAAUGUGGAAAUUAUAGCUGUUUUGUUUCAUCAGCAGCUACAGUGGGAUUGAAGAGUCAUCUGACGGCGAAACCGACUGUUUCUACAAUAGUUAUUCAGGAAGGGGAAAGGUUGAAUAUGUCAUGUGGUGCAGUUGGCUGUCCACUACCUUCUCUUACAUGGCAUUAUCGAGCUGAUAUGAAUAACAAUUUUACUAAUAUUUCUGCCAAGAGUGUGACGUUGCUUAGCAAUGUGCUCAACAGUGAUUUAGAAAUAGACAGUGUGAAUCGGUCUAUCUCUGGAUACUACAGUUGUUGUGCUGAGAAUAGACCAGGGGUUGUCACACACAGAGAUUGCUCAUAUGAAGUCUUGGUUGAUGUCAAAUUUUCUCCGUCGAUUACUAAACCUCCUGCUAAAGAAGUUGAGGUCAAAGAGGGAGAGCUGCUUACUUUGUUAUGCACUGUUGUUGGCAACCCAUUGCCAUCUGUAACAUGGCUUCGGAUUAAUAACGUAUGUGAUGAAGAACGAAGGCCACCGAUUAGCGAUGACAAAGUUACAUUUGACAAUUCUACAAGUACAUCAAACCUCACCAUCCGAGUUGGCAGGGAGGAUUCUGGACAUUACUUUUGUGGAGUUGCUAAUGUAUUGUCUAAGCCCUCAGUUGUCUUUGUUUUAGGUCGUCCUGGUGUUGUGGAUAGCAGCAGUGUCUCGAUUGUACACCAAGACGUUGGUUUGGUAACUGUCUUAUGGUCUCCUCCUUGCGACUACUUUAGUCCCAUCUUGUACUACUUGGUUUCAUAUGCUGUGGUUGGUAAUGCUUUAAACCAACCGGCUGAGAAUAUUUCUUCCAACAUGAGUCUUCAGGCAAACUUAUCAGAUCUUAAGCCUUAUGAGCAAUACCAUGUACAGAUUGUAGCUGUUAAUGCUAUUGGCACGGGUGAUAGUGUCACCAAGAUGUUUGAAUCACCACCUGGCGUUUCCAGCGCUCCACUAAAUUUCAGCUCUGAUGAACAGUCAGUAUCACCAAGUUCAAUUAAUUUGUCGUGGGGUCAUCCCGAGGUACCGAAUGGAAUCAUUCAAAGCUACAGAGUUUAUUUUCUAUAUGUUAUGCCUAAAUGGCAGCAUGAACAAAAAGUUAGACGUAGCGUUUCACUUCAGUUUUGGGAAUUUGAUGGUAAUGUGACAUCGGGAGUUGUGAGCAACUUGCAACCAUAUACAAUAUACAGACUACAGCUUCAUGCAGUUAACAAGAUUGGCACUAAGGAUAUUGUUGGAAAUGGCAGCAGAGUAAUAGAAGCUGUGACAGCUGAAGGAGCUCCUUUGAUGCCGACGAAUGUCACUGCAAGCCUUGUUUUGGAUAAGGCUGAUUCUUUGAAGAUUACCUGGAAUGCUCCUUUGCAACAGAAUGGAAUUAUUCGAUCGUACAUUGUGCAUUAUAGUUUGGCAUCUGUUGCCUGGCCUCCUAGUGCAGCAAAGAAACAUGACACUGGUUCAUCCAUUACUGAAGUGGUUCUUCAAAAUCUGACGGCCUUUACGUCUUAUCAUGUUGCAGUGAAGGCAGUAACAGUAAGAGCGGGAAACCUGAGUACAUCUACCACUGGCAAAACAGACCAAGCAAUUCCCACUAAUCCACAAGAUCUUCAAAUUGGUGACGUUGGUAGCAGUAGUGUUUAUUUGUGGUGGCAUUCACCAGAAUAUUCUCGUGGUAUUCUUCAGAAAUAUACAAUUUAUUAUAGAGGAAAUAGAACACUUAGCAGUGGCACAGUUAUUAGUCAAAUUGGUCAGGUUGAGGUGAACGGCUCAGAUCCAUCUAACCACACUCGACUUGACAAUCUUCAUUCAGGAUUUGCGUUUAAGUUCAAUGUUACUGCAUCUACUGUAAAAGGAGAAAGUAGACCCAGUGCAACUAAACAGACAACAACUAAACCAACAGGACCAAGUACACCUUUUCCACUUGUCAUUGUCAAGUCUUCGAAAACAACGAUUACAGUGAACCUUACCCGCCCAAUAGAUGACAAUGGAGAUAUUGACUAUGUUCAGCUGCUUGUUGCUGAAAUUCCAAGAGGUUCAAGUGAAAGUGAAGCUCGUUUUAAUUUAGCAACAAUCAAAGGGUACUCACCUAAUCUUUCUGCACUGACACCAUAUAUUACGGCUCAUUGGUCAUAUGAAGAAUUGGAAUCAUAUGUACUGUUUGAUAUCGGAAAUGGCAAAGUGAUUGGAAAUUACACCAAUGAGCCUUUGAAAGAGGAAACAACUUAUGCUGUUGUUGUAAAGGCUGUCACUGUGUCAGCAGAACAGUUGUUGUUUUCUUUUACUGAACCACAAACCGCAGCCACAUCAGUUACGUCUUCAUCUAGCAGUAAUGAUGGAGUAAUUGCUGGUGUUGUGGUGGCAAUUAUUGUGAUUGUUGUCAUUGCCAUUCUACUUCUUUUCAUUUUGCACAGAAUGAAGAGCCGCAAGCAAAAAUAUAGUAGGGAAACUGUUUAUGAAAAUGCAGCUGCUGAUGGCGAUGUUGUAAUGGCAAACUUUGUGAAGCCAAUCGUAGUGGUUCCAACCAGUGAAGUAGUUGGCUUAGUAGGAAAUUGUGUGUUACUUGAGGUAGAAACUACUGGAUAUCCACGUGCAAAGGUUACUUGGCGGUUUGGUGGACGGGAUCUACCUGGUAGUGACAAUCGCAUCAAAAUCUUACCAGAUGGAUCACUGCAGAUUAUUGGAGCAGCUGUUAGUGACUCAGGUCUGUAUCGUUGCCAGGUGUCCAAUAGAGUAGGAUCAUCUCACUGUCAGGUCAAGUUGCGAGUUGAAGUAUCAGCUGAAGACAUAGCUGAAGAGCAUGAUCCUAUUCCUGUUGCUGAGUUUGAAGAGUAUGUUGCUGAGAUGCAUGAGAGUCGAAAUGAGGGAUUUUCAGCAGAGUAUUCUUUACUAGAAAAGCAGACUAACAAGUUCCCUGCAGAGGCUUCCAGGCUCGAGUGUAAUGUAGGGAAGAACAGAUAUGGCAACAUAUAUUCUUAUGAUCACAGUCGUGUUGUUUUGAAUGCAAUUGAAGGGGUUCCAGGAUCAGACUACAUCAAUGCUUCACAUAUAAAUGCUUACAAGAAGCCAAAGGGCUACAUUGCUGCUCAAGGUCCGAAUGAGGCAACAACAGAUGACUUUUGGCGAAUGAUCUGGCAGGAGAAGGUUGGCAUUGUGGUAAUGCUCACUAACUUGGAAGAGAAAGGGCGCGUGAAAUGUCAUCAAUAUUGGCCUGAUAGCAGCGAUGUGUAUGAUUCUAUUGCAGUUACACUUGACCACGAGCUGAUCGUUGCAGAAAGCAUUUCCCGAUCUUUCUCACUACAAAAGGAGUUACCUGAUGGCAGUUCAGAAACACGGACUCUACAACUAUUUCACUACAUCGAUUGGCCUGAUCAUGGAGUUCCUCGACAUGCAACACCUCUUCUUCGGUUUUUACGACGAGUACAGUCAUGUUGUAUUACAAGCAAGUCAACAGUACCAAUAGUUGUGCACUGCAGUGCUGGAGUUGGCCGCAGUGGAAGUUACAUUGCAAUUGACUACACUAUUGAGAAAAUCAGACAAGAUAAAGAAAUUGAUCUUUUCAACUUGGUUUAUGAGAUGAGGCAGAGCCGACCAUCAAUGGUUCAAACUGAGGCGCAGUACAUAUUUAUCCAUGAUGCCAUCUUGGAGUACUAUCUUUGUGGUGACACCGAAAUUCCAGCGUCAAGUCUACGUACUUGUAUUCAAGAGCUGAACAAAGUAGAUGAUUCAGUUGGAGUUAGUGGCAUUCGCCAUCAACACCAGUUGUUGAAUAAAGUAAGCCCACCUAAGAAGUCAUUCAGAUACAGUGCUGCUUCAGAGCAAGUGAAUAUCUACAAGAACCGUUACUCCGACCUCAUACCCACUGAUGAUUACCGGGUCAACCUGAAUCCUGUUGCUGGUCGUCCUUCACAUUGCACAUACAUCAAUGCCACCUAUGUGGAUGGAUACACUCAUCACAAUAUGUAUAUCACCACACAAGGGCCGGUGACAAACACGGUACCUGACUUCUGGCGGAUGGUGUGGGAACAGGGAAGUGAGGUGAUUGUUAUGCUGUCUCAACUGGAUGAAGAUGGAAUGACGAUGAGUGCACGAUACUGGCCAUCCCAAGGAACUGGAGAUUUUGAUAUGUUCAACAUUAUUCUCGAUGAGGAGAAGAAUUUUGGACAUUACAUCAUACGAAAGCUGCAAGUUGCAAAUAAGAAGGAGUCUGAAGUACGAACUGUGACACAAUUCCACUACACAAGUUGGCACAACAACCAAGUUCCACAGUCAGCUUCUUCACUGAUUGAGAUCAUUGGUCGUGUGGAGCGGGCACAGAUGAAUGCAAAAAGCAACCCUCUUAUUGUCAUGUGCAACAAUGGGGUUGGUCGAUCGGGCACGUACUGUGCUAUCAGCGUAAUUAUCGACAGACUAAAAACAGAGCAAGUGGUGGACGUGUUUCAAGUUGUCAAACAAAUGAGGAUCCACAAUCCUGAUUUUGUUACAAGAAUGGAAGACUACCAGUUUUGCUACAACGCUGCAGCAGAGUUUAUGGAAGCAUUUGAUACGUACUCAAAUUUUAGAUGUUCAGAAUGUUGAAAUAACUGUAGAAUCGUUGCAAGAGUGGUGAGACAUUUGCUCAGCACAGUAUUUUAUAGAGAUUUGAUUCAAUGUUUUCAGUUUCAAAUUAUUAGGUAAAUCAGGUGAAGAGAAUAGUUUGAAAUACAUUCCAAUUCUAUUAUA